AUGGUCCGCUGGUUGGGCUUCCUGUUGAUCUUCGUCGGAGCCGGGCUACGGCCCAAGAGUCGCGUCGACUGGCCGUGGGAGGAGCAUCCCGUCAGCUCAAGCGAUGAGGUUCAGGGGCUCCUGACCACUAUGCUGGCAGAGACCACAGCUGAGGCCAGCACGGAAAAGGCCGGCGAUGUCGAGGCACAGGAGCGGAUGCUCAGAGAUGUGGUUGCCAAAAUCACGCAGGACUGGCGGAGCACCGGUGCAAGCACUUGCCAUCAGCAGCUCGGCAGGGUCAUGAACAACUUCAGUGUUGCAUGCGAAGGCUUGCGGCCGAAAGCCGACUGGCUUCUCGACUACUACGUCCCGGUGCUCCCGAACAAGACCUGUGCCGAGAGCAUCAGCGACAUGUUCGCAUUCGGAGACGAGCUGGUCGAGACCCUCCAUGUCUCCAGAGAUGCCAUAGCCUCUUUGGACGUUGACGACAAGACGCUCCGUCGAUAUCAAGCGCUCUCCUUUCUCAGAAGCUGGCUAGUGAAUCUCACCCGGACUGAUGGUCAUGCACUGCUUUGGGCGGGCUUCUGGGAUGGUGAUCCCCAGAAUCGCACGACGAAGGCGAAGCUCUCCAACUUUGCCAGAGCAACGGAGCACUCGAUCAUGCACCCGAACACCUUCCUCGGCCAAGCUAUCGAGGCGAGCCAGGACCUCAAUGCCUGCUACAAGCACACCACGACCAACGCACUCGCAGAGAACAUGUGGUCCAUCGCAAGCAUGAGCUUCGUGCUCGGGAUGCGCGAAAGGGCACAGGGAACCGUCAUUGCAUUGGUGAACAAGCCGAUCACGGGUGAGCGAAACCUGUCACAGUCCGUGCUAUCCACCCAUGAGAUCCCAACGGUGGGGCUUGCAGCCUGGGGUCUUGGGUUCUGGUCUCCGAAAGUGAUCCUUCUAGACCUUCUGGGCACCUGCGACAAGACAAGCCCUGCCUUGAAACGGCAGCUUUUCGCCCGCCUGCCCUCUUGGGCGAAGUCCAUGACACACUGGAGCCCCGCAGCCUUCGCAAAGAGGUCACGGCUCCAGUGGCAGUCCGCCUCAGAGGUUGCAAUUGUACUGUCGCGAGCCCUCGCCUGGCAGUCACUGCAAAGGCAUGCCAUGGCAGACUUCCGCCGGGAAGCGGAGCAUGGGAUUCCCAAGCUCGACGGCCCAGCCAGGCUGCAUCGGGUGGAGCAGCUCCUCCACCAGAAUGCUGAUCCUAACGCUCCGGACAGGCACGGCAACACAGCUCUCACUUGCGCGGCAAUCGAAGGACACCUGGAAUUGGUUGAGCCUUUGCUGAAGGCAAGGGCCCAGCUGGAGUCCCGCAAUGAGAAAGGCACCACAGCCGUUAUGCAUGCUGCAGCCAACGGCCAUCUGGAGAUGGUCGAGACGCUUCGAAAAGCUGGAGCCCAGCUAGAGGCCCACAGCGAGAAUGGUUUCACAGCCCUCAUGUUCGCUGCAACCAAAGGCAACUUGAAUGUGGCCGAGACAUUGCUGCAGGCCAGAGCGCAGCUACAGGCCCGCAGUGAUAAUGGGCUCACAGCUCUCAUGUUCGCUGCAAACAAAGGCCACCUGAAGGUGGCCGAGGCGUUGGUGAAGGCCAGAGCAGAGUUGGAGGCCCGGGAUGAGGACGGGAACGCAGCCCUCACCCAUGCGACAAAGGCAGGCCACGCGCAGGUGGUCUGGGCAUUGGUCAAAGCCGGGGCCUGGGUUCGCGAUGAGGGCGAAACCCACGCACAACAACCUAUAGGUAGCAUUAUUAGGGGUACCCCUUAA